UUGAAGUUGUCCUGUUGUUAGUGACCUUAUGAAACUUGCAACUUGUAACUUCAAAGUAGAAUUAGUGUUCCUAUUCUAGUUACAAGUUGAGCUUUUAACUUCUAACUAAAGGUUUUUAUUUAUGGUAUAUCCUAACCACUGGAGAUGGUGAAAUACAUCGCUAUACUGUGAAACUUUGACUCCGUAUGGUUCUUUUGUGAUCUUUGAAUAUAUUUGAUAAAUAUUAUUGUUUUCCAUUCACUCUGACGGUAGGAUUCUAUCAGAGCUUUGGUGAAGGGGUUGGUGAAGGACAUGACGAUAGGUAGCAGUAACACAGAAACUGUGACAGAGGAAGCUUUUAUAAAUUACAUGCAGCGAUUCCCUAAAGAAACCUUGGAGGAGAUUCUGACUGUAGACAUCAUUCCGAUUACGGUGAGGCGGGACAUUUCACGUGAACUGGAGGCUGAAAAGAAUAAGGUUCUACAUGAUGCAAAGGUUGCCGAACGGGAAAAAUUGGUGGCCGAAAUGGAAGCAGAAAAAUCUAAACAAAAAGAUAGCCAGGCGACGUCUCCAGUGGAUAUACCCCCAGUAUCGCCGAUGCGACGACCAGUGCCGAGUGGGAAACCGUUGACAGAUGAAUUACUCCUCAAUGUUGUGCGCGCUAUCCCACCAAAAGCUGACUGGCAUCUCUUAGCCAAUCGCCUCGGGUUCCUUCAGAGAGAAAUAGAGGCCCUGGAGAUCAAUUAUUCAGAAUCCAGAGAGAAUAUGUUGCAUUCCAUGUUGCGGGCAUGGCGGAACCGGGGACAGCUAUCAUCCAGUGCCCCAACACUGCAGAGAGCCUUGGAGUACUGCCGCAUGGAUAAGGCUGCCAAGGUUCUAUCAGGCCCUGGUUAGAGGAACACCUGUUCUGUACAAGGUUUCAAAGCUGUUUUUCUCGUGGUCAAAAUGGACAUUCUAGGUUGAUUCUGUGAAAAUCUACAGAACCGGUAGUGAUAUUCAUCAAUUCCCAGAAUACAGCUGUCAGCUGUGGAUAUCAAAGGCGCAAGACACUGGCAAAUGUAUAAAUUGGUUACAAGUUCCUUGCACGGUGCAUGGAACUAUUGCCUAAAGCAUUCAUUUGUGGUUAUAUCCAGGAAGACAACUCUAUUUCUGAUAUACCUGGAGGAGGGGGUCUUCAAGAUGGUAUUUGCCAGCUUAUUCUAGUGUCGAUGAUUGCCAACAUUCUUAGAAUGACUGAUUCUCCCAGAUACACUAUUUUGAUUUGGAGUAUCUAGAUUUAUUCAUCCUAAAACUUCUGCACAAUUCUGUCCUGGGCUGACAGUCUGUAUCCAGUACUAGUGAUGUGUGGCCAAGGUAAAGGAAUCAACAGUAACCAAAAGAUCUACAGAGCACUAUGGAAAAUUGGAUUACCAUACUUUUAAAAGUUUUAGUUUUUUAAAAGUACAGGAAACAUCAAAAAAAUAAUAAACAAAA